GAUAGAAGAUGCGUGUGCUUGUAAUAACAACCUAUACUGCAUUUAAGGUUGACAUUUUAUCAGUUCUUGCUUUUUCUGGAUUGUGAUCUAAUUUGUUUUUUCUCUAAAUAUCUGUGAGACUGAAGUCAUUUGGGAAUGAGGGCUGCAAUCAUCAUCUUCAUCACUCUCUGCCUGAUCUCAGGUCAGGUACUUUGUUUCAGAGUGAUUGGUUGCGCUGGAGGGAGUGUAAUGUUCAAGUGCAUGAGCACAAAACAUAUGAAGUCUUAUGAUCAGUAUAAAGGAAAGUAUUUCUGCAGAGACAGAGACUGUACAACAGGAAUCAGUACUGAGAUUCAGCGCCAAUGGGUUAAUAAUUGGAGAUUCAAUCUGUAUGAUGAUGAAAACAGCAGAUUCUUCACAGUGUUUAUCAGGAACCUCAGCAGAGAGGAUGAUGAGACAUAUACAUGUGGAAACAAUCAGAAAUGGAGUCAUGAUGUUACAUUAGUGGUGAACAGAAACUCUUCUUCUUGUGGGACGUCUGUUAUGUGGACUGCAUAUAUUGGGCAAACAAUCACUUUCCACUGUAAAUAUGAUCAUAAGUUUAAAACACACACCAAAGUCUUCUACAGACUGAACGUUGGUCCUGUCCAUGUGCUGAACAGCUCACAAUCAUCACAAUCAUCUGAGGAGAAGUUCAUCCUGUCUGACAGUCAGAAAGAUCAUUUUAAUGUGACCAUCAGAGACAUUUCUACAGCAGACAGUGGAGUUUAUUUAUGUGGAGUGGAGAGACACGGAUCAGAUGAUCAACCUUCAGAAACAUCAAUUACUCACAUCACCUUCAUUAAAGAGAUUCAUCUGAAUGUUUCUAGUCAAAUAACAUCUGUUCAGGUUGAGGCCUACAUCAGUAAAUCAGUCUUCAUCAAGUGUAAAUUUCCACAAAAUUCAAAGGAAACAAGAAAUUCAUCCAGAAAGAUUCAUCACAGAAGAUCCCUGUUGAUGAACAGAAUCAAUGGGUCCAUCAUGAUAAAGUGCACAUGUAUGAUGAUACCAGUGGAGGAGUUUUGAAGGUUUUUAUCAGUGAUUUAACUGAAGCUGAUGAAGUGACGUACAGGUGUGGAGUGAAUAUCAAUAAUGAUGAAGAUCUGUUCACUGAGAUCAAACUGACAGUCAAUCAAGUUGAUCAUUUUCAUCCAUCAAGCAAAUCAGCUGCUGUUAUUGGUGAAAGUGUGAAACUCACCUGUAAUUACCCUGAGAAACACGACGAGACCAUCAAACACAUCUGCAAAGAGAACAACAAGAAGAUCUGUCAAAACAUCAGUUCAUCAGAGAAGAAGCGCUUUGAGUUUUCUGACAGUACAGCAGGAGUUUUUACAGUGAUCAUCAGUAAUGUGAGCUGGAGAGAUGCUGGAGUUUACUGGUGUGGAGCAGAAACCAAACACAAACAUGUGACUUCUGUUUCUCUCACCAAUAAACAUGAACUAACAUUAACCAUGCCUCCAGUGGUCGGACGUGAAGGAGAUUCAGCUGAGAUCAAAUGCCCUUAUGAUGCAAAAUAUGCAAAAGAAAUAAAACAUCUGUGCAAAGGAAAGUGUUUCACUGAAGAUGCUCAAAAUAUCAUUCAAUCAGAUGAAGAUCAUGUUAAAAAACCAAAGAUUUCAGUAAAGAACGACACUGAACUCAAUCUCUUCACUGUGACCAUGACUGAGCUGAGAGCAGAGGAUGCUGGGAAAUACUGGUGUGCAGUGAAAGACGUGUUUAAUCUUCCCAUUGAGCUCAUGAUCGUCAUGAAGGACGUGAUCACUCAUGAGGCGUCUGUCGGAGGAUCAGCGUCCAUCAGCUGUAAAUACAUCAGGAAUCAAAAUCAGGGUUUUUUCUGUAGAGGAGAUCAGAUCAAUAUCUGCGUCAGAGACGGAGUUCGUGUUUCAUCAAAUAACAGGAUAAACGGCAGAUUCUCUCUGACUGAUGAAACCUCUGCUGGAGUCUUUACUGUGAACAUCAGCAAUCUGACAGCAGAGGAUUCUGGGAAAUACUGGUGUGGAGAGGAGAAUUCUGGGUCCUUCAUACUCACUGAAGUUCAGCUACAUGUGAAAGGAGAAAUGACUUCGUCUGACACCAAAAAGGAAACGACCCAGAAAACAGAAACGUCUGGUGAGAUCCAACAACUCCUUUUCUCAGUAUGAGUUAAAUAUGGUAUUAU